CGGGAGGAGGCGGCAGCACGGCAACACCUAUUGCCCAACGCCCCCGGGCUACGUAGAGCAGGCGCGGGAGCCGCCGCAGAGUCCCGCUGCAGCGGGGGGGAGCGGGGCCCGCAGACCGAGGACUCCCGCUGCCACCGCCCCGCGGAGGAUCUUAGCUUGCCAAGAUGCCCAUCGAUAUUGAUGGUAUGAUGCAACUUCUCUGCCAUCUCUCUGAGGAGAGAGGAAUGAAAGCUGCUGUCAAACACUCUGGUCGAGGAGCAUUGCUGGCGGGUGCCACAGCUUUUGUUGGGGGUCUGAUGGGAGGUCCACCUGGCAUUGCUGUAGGAGGAGCAUUUGGUGGAUUGCUUGGUGCUUGGAUGACUACUGGACAAUUCAGGCCGGUCCCUCAGAUUUUAAUGGAGUUGCCUCCUACUGAGCAGCAGAAACUGUAUGAUGAAGCCAUGAUUAUUCUCAGAAACUUAGACUGGACUGAUCUUGCUCAGCUGACUGCUCUUGUAAUGGGAAGUGCUAGUGUCCAGCAGCAAUUGACAGCAAUGUUGGUAAAUUACCUCUCCAGAGAGUUAAGAGCAGAGAUACAGUAUAAAGAAUAAACCUUCCCAGAGCAGGUUUUUACACUGUAAAGAAUUUUACUCUGACAAUUGUGACUCUUCAACAUAGCAAUUCUUAGUUAUCAGUACUAAUUAAGAAUGUAGGCAGAUCUAAGUAUUAUUUGAUGGUUGGGGUUUUUUUUGUUUUGUAAGGGAAAGAUUAGAUUACUGCGUUAUCCUGACACUGACUUUCUAUGUAAUUUUGUAUUACUCUGCACUUGGACUGAAUUCAAAAUCCCUAAAGGUAAUAAUGCUAUCACUAGUUAAUUUUUUUAAAGCCAUUGUAUUUUGUUGAGGAGAUUUAUUUCUGUUUGACUAAGUGCUUUCAUUUUCUGUUAGGGCACUUUGAAGAUUUUUUCUGUGUCAGUCCUGAAAAAAAAACUUACAGGAAAGUACAUCAUUCUACUGUGAACUCAAAGAUCUCAGUCCUUACUUUAUUCUUUGUCUCAUUUUUAUUGUAAUUCUUGAGAUAUUUAUUCCUUUCUGUAAGAAGUUAAGCCAAUGCCUAAACAAAAUCUAAAGCAACAGGAAAACAACUGCACAUUUAGUAGUUCCUGGUGUCCUAGAAUGGGAAGGCAUGGCAACAGAGCACUUUUUUAAAAAUGGGGAGCUGAAUCUGCCAUUUUUAUACUAUCCCUAGGAUUAGGGUUGUCAUUUCAGCAUUAAUUUCUUGAAUGAACAUGAACAGUCUGUUUUCAUUAAAAUAUUCAGAAGGA